UUUCCCUCCUGAAGUUCAGUUCCAAUUAGACGCUCGAACUGUCUGUGUUUCCGCCCUUUUCCUCUGGUUGACGAUACAAGCAUACGAUGCUCGAUUUGCGUGUUACUUGAAUCAUUACUCCACGAAUAAUUCUUUUGAUCUCAGGUGCUGAAAAUGGAGAGAAACUCCAUGCUCUACGAAAACGUCCCAGACAGACGAACGGACGAGUUACUGGGAAUUUUGAAGACGUUGGACGGAAGUGCGAUCUUCUGCGAUUCCGUCCUGUGCAGGCGCGCAAGCAGGGUGGUCUGCGCGGCAAACCAGAUCAAAAUGGCUGCCCCUGAGAGGUCAAUCAGGCAGGGCAAAGCCCUGCGAAUUCCCAUCAUCGUCCGCGACGAAAACCUUUCGCUCGUGCGGGAGGAAUUCUCCUUCGUCAACACCAAUUGCCUCUUCUACAUCAUCGACUCAAGGCCGCAGAAACCUGGGAUGGACGUGAAACUGUUGCCCAAUCGACACUCGUCUGACAGAUUAAGCAGGAGGUUCGUGCCAGAAAGUGCCAGAGACGACAGCAGUGUGCCAACUGAUGCGGACGGCUGCCCGUGCGCCGAGUUCGUGAGGCUGGUGGGGAAGAAUUCGAAGUAUGCCACCGUCUUGGUCGUGGUGCUUGGCUGCGCGCUGCUGACGGUGACAGUUGCCUUCGUUAUAGUCAUAGUGCAUUGGUCAUCAGCUGGGGAAAGCGUCAGGGACGAUGGGCAGCUCGGGGACGUCAUCAAAAUCAACGACACUACUCGCGACGACGCGACGGAACGUAAUAACUUGACGGAAAUCGCCAAAGUUGAGAAACGAGGUCCCGACAUACAACCGACGGCGCCGUCACUGCGGCAAUUGUACGAGAAACAGCAGAAAGAACUAACUUUACCGAAAUUAGCCUGUGGCCUCUCGUACGCCAGCAAAUUAGUGGCCGAAAUAUUCGAGCAGAACGACGACUUGAUCAACUGGAUGGACCUGACUCAACAGGUAGCCUUGGCGAAGUGUCCCAGCGAGGCCUUUUGCCCGGCGCUCCACGAAUGCGCUCCGAAUCGAUUCGUUCGGAAGACCGUGGCCGUUCGUAUUAUUGCCAACGAUUCCGACGUAGAGGAGCAGCAGCUGUUCGCAUCUUGGGAGGUAGAAGAAGCUGCGUCUUGCUCGUGUCAGCCUGUCAGCUUCGUGGAAUAUGUGACAGAAGAUGAUGUCACCGACGACGCAUUUGAGCGGGAAAACAGAACCAGGAGAGACGUCAGCCUUCAGGAUCAUAACUCCACAAAUAACCUCAGAUCUUCUUACUUCUGCUUGGUUCUCCUUCUGGUCCUCGUUCUGUUGUGCUGAGGAAUUGACGAGGAUUUAUUGCUGUAUCAAAUUCCGGAUUAGAAAAAAAAGUAUAAAAAACCACAUUUCACUUUCAUAGUUACUUCAAUGUUGCAUGCGAUGAAAAGAUAUAUAAAGAAGUAUACACUAAAGGCAUCGUGUUUGAAUAUGAGUACACCUGGCUUGUAUCAGGUUAGGUUAACGAAUACUCUCUGAAGUCCUGUACGCUAGGCUAUCUUUAUCCCAUGAUUUUAAGUAUCAUAUAGAAGAGACACUAAAAAGAUAAAAAAAAUUCUAACUCCAUUUGUAUCCAGUUUCUGUUUUGGCCUGUUGCAGCUGUUUCAAAAGGACAUAAAAUUCAUAUAGCAUACAGACUUCAGCGUCAGAAAGAUUUGCGCCUACAGUUACACAAUUGAAGCAAAGGACAAUAUCAUCGAAAGGCGUUACGUCUAGUUUGCUUGUGAAACAAUUUACAUAUAUAAUUUUAAUUUUUGAUACAAGGUUGUCAUUCAUUAUAGCAGACUGUUGUUUAGGCAAUACAAUGCUUUACAAGCUGUUUUAUGAAUUUGACAAAUCAGCAUUUUUUGUACCCAGAUACACCUGAAACACCAAUAAGAAUAAGACUAUUAAUAAUGUCCUGCACAAAUUAUUUUAUUAAACGUUUAAAUGA